UUGAAUCUAUUUCAUUGACAAUUCAUAUUUGAAACAGAUUGAAAUAAGUUAUGCCACUAUGCCAAAAGAAAUGUAUUUCCUAAUUUACUCCAAUUAAUAUCAACCAUUGUCAUGUGUUCUUUUGGCAAAAGAAAUGUAUGCCCUAAUUUACUCCAAAGGGCAAAAAAGUUAUCUGGUAUAUAAACUACAAGCUGUUAUUAGCGACUACAUCUGCUUUUGAGAUUCUAGUUAUUUGCUAAGCUCUUCAGUUCAUAAUUGUAGCUGUGAAGUAUAGAUAAUUAUAGAUACAUUGAGAAUUGUUAGCAACUAAGAUAUAGCUGGGAUAUCAAGAUGUCCGAAAAUGAAUCUAAAGUAAUCAGAUGUCAAUGGUUAACUAAAGAUCCCAUUUACAUCGCCUAUCAUGAUGAUGAAUGGGGAAAACCGGAAUAUGAUAGUCUACGGUUAUUUGAAAUGCUAUGCUUAGAGGGACAACAGGCAGGACUAUCUUGGAUAACCAUACUGAAAAAACGAGAAAAUUAUAGGAAAGUGUUCCAUCAUUUUAAUCCUUACAAAGUAGCAAAAUUAAACCACAUUGAUGUAAAAAAAAUAUUAAGCAAUACGGGCAUUGUAAGACACAAAGGUAAAAUUGAAGCCAUUAUUAAUAAUGCUAAAUGUUAUACAGAAAUGGAAAAUAAUUCUGAAAAUUUCUCUAAAUUCAUUUGGAGUUUUGUGAACAACAAACCUAUAGUAAAUGAUUGGUGUAAUAUUAAAGACAUACCAAAUAGCAAUGCAAUAUCUUCAGCACUUUCUAUUGCAUUAAAGAAAAGAGGAUUUAAGUUUGUGGGUUCAACCAUCUGUUAUGCAUUCAUGCAAGCAUGUGGUUUAGUGAAUGAUCAUGUUUUGGACUGUAUAUGUCGCGAGACUAACAACAGAUGAUAUACCGUAUGAAAGGAUAAGGCAAUUGAGACAUAAAACUAAAUUGUAAAAAUAACAAUAUGUAUAAUAAAUAUACC